AUGUCUACUACUUUAAAAUUAGAAGAUCCUACAGUAGAUGUUGGUGAUAUUGAAAAAUAUCGUAUGGCUUUUUUAAUGCAAUUUUUUGUACAACAUAAACGACGAUUUCGAUUUCCACGUCUUCGUUUACAGGAUCUCUAUCAAAAAGUAUUAAAAGAUCCUGACCCUGUAGCAUUUUGUGAUUUAGCUGCACGUAUUCUACGCUAUUUAAAUCAUGAUAAUCCUGAAAUUUGUAUAGCAACAAUUGAUCAAGCAUUAGAUCGUUUUGCUAUUGAUAAACGUACUUCAUAUCGGAUUAAUAUACAACGUCAUCGUAAUGGAAAACUAGUACAUCAAUUAGGACCAGCGGCUAGAGCUGCAUUGUUGGAUAAUUUAAUUGAAUCGGUGUAUGAUGAACAGCCAGAUUUUAAUUUUACUACAUGUUUCAAUAGUUCAUCAAUGACAACUACAUCUACUACUACUACUGCUGUUGGUGGUGGUGGUACAGGUGGCGGCGGCAGCAGUGGCAGCGGUGUACGUGGUACGAAUGGCUCGGUUGGCGCCGGUGGUCUUGACCGAAUGGAUACACAAGAUUUAUUCAAUAAUUCUGCUGCUGGUGGCGGUGGUAGUGGCGGUGAUCUAGGAGGAUCAGGCACUGAUGAAUGUAAUCACAAUAGCAAUAACAAUAAUAAUAUUAAUAAUGAAGGAUUCAAUGAUGACACAGAAGAUGUCAAUGUUUUAAUUAAAGCUGGUCAAGAUGCUCAAGGAUGUAGUUAUUAUUAUAUGGAUGAUUUACGUCUUUAUCGUGAACGUACACAAAAUGGUAUAUCAUCACAAUGGGAUAUUGUUGUUGGUCCUACUAUAGAUCAAUGGUUAAAUUUUAUUUUAUCCUUGAGUUAUCAUGAAAAAGAUUAUGAUUUAUAUAAUUUUUUAAAAUAUGAUUUAUUUGAAUUAAUUAAAGAAAGUUUCACAUCGCUGGAAUUGUAUGCUCCAAAUUAUGAAUUAGAUUCUAAUUAUUUACAUACAAAAGAAUUGAAUGAAUUAACUGAAUUAUUAUUAGUAAAACAACAACAGCAACCACGUUCAUCAUCAUCAUUGAUCAAUGUGAAAAAUAAAUCAUUGAUUAUUAGUGAACAGGAUAAAUUAUCAUUGAAUCCACAUAGUAUUCAUAGUAAUCAUAAUAAUAGUACUGCUACUACGACUACUACUACUACUACUACUAACAAUAGUAACAAUGUAAUGAGUCAUUUUAAUGUCAACGGUCCAAAAAGUGCAUCACCUGCUUUCUCCGGUGGUCAUCAUCAUCACAAUCAUAAUCAUCAUGUAAAUGGUGGAAUGGGUGGUAAUUCCAGCAGUGCCACAUCAGUCGGUACACCAUUGACACCGAAUUCCAGUCGUACACCGACAUCUGCACCGCCAGCGUCGAGUGUACACCAACAGCAGCAACAAUUGUCAUUACCACCGCCUCCGUUACCUUCUUCCGAUGGUGUGGAGGUUUUGCCAAUUACUGCGAAAUCGGAAUCUUCUAGUACAAAUCAAUCAACAGGAUGGUCACAACAAGAUUCAAUCAAGCUAAGAUCAUUAUCAUCAGAUCAAUCUUCCCCGUAUGAUACAGAUUUAUUGGCACAAUCGAAAUUAGAGUUGACUAGUAGUAGUAGUUCACUUGAACAUACUAACCUAUCGUCGGCAUCAACAUUAGUUGUCAAUGGGAAUCGUCAUGAUACAACGAAUUCGUCAUCUCCGUUGCCGCCGCCGCCAUCAUCGUCUGUAGUUGUUGUUACUGAUGUCAAAAAAUCUACGCCUGAUGUCAGUAAUCUGUCGACCAUGAACGAUACAAUAAAAAAUCCUGACAGUCUUGUAGAUCAAACUAUGACGACACAAUUGCCAAUUAAUGAUGAUAGUUUAGAUAUUAUUGGUGAAUCGUUGACAUCAUUCACGGAGACGAAUACGUUGAUGACGGCGACGACAACGACGUCAACCCUGAUUGCUACGAAUAAUAAUGUUUCCACUGUUAGUGCAAAUCAAUUAUUGCCUUCUUCUCCGAAUAUGUCGCUUACCAGUAUGAUGACCACGAUGACUACAACUACGACGACUACUACAACUACUACUCCUCCUACACUUGGUGCUACAACCAAUGAAUUAUUAACAUCAUGGAGUUCACCUGGUCCACCGAAUUCCAACAAUUCAAAUAUUACAUCAUCAUCAUCAUCAUCGCCGUCAGUUCAUCGUGAUCGUAAAUUACCAAUAACAGUAGCGGCAACAUCGACCAUGAAUGAUCCUGUCUUGAUUACCACACAACCACCAACAUCAUCAUCAUCUCAAUUAGCUCAACGAUUAACUAACAAUUGUAAUAAUAAUAGUAAUACACCCGUGGAUGAGAAAAACUUUCGAACAUCAUCCAAUCAACCACCGACACAACAACACCAGCAACAACAACAACUAACACAAAAUCCCAUGAUGGGAAAUAAUAGCAAUAAUGUCUCACUAACAAAACCAACCAUGCUAGAUUCUCAAAAUAUGAUCAUGUUGAAAGAUUGUCCAAUGGAAACAAUGAUCGAAGCGAACAGUAGUAAUAUGAAGCAGUCACCAGCACAUUUUCGACAUUUAUGUCCUCCUGGAGGACAAUCAUCGGAUCCUUCUAUUCAAUCAUGUAAUAAUAACAGUAACAAUAAUGGAAUAACAGGCGAACAACCUCCAUUGCAUACUACUACUACUACUACUACUACUACUACGCUGUUAUCAUCAAAUUUAAAUCCAUCCAAACAGUAUACACAUACGAAUACUGCACUCGUUUCACCAAUGAUUGGUGGCGGUGAUGUUGCUCCUGCUGCUGUUGUCGGCGGCGUCGCCGGCGGCGCUGUACCAUUAACACAAGAACAAUGGGAAAAUCGUAAAAGUAAAAUAGCUCAAUUAGAAAAAAUUCAUUCAACAUUGAGUAAAAGUAAAAGUGCUUCAACACCAGGUGCAAUGAGUGCUGUAACAGCUGGUGCUGUUUUACAACACCAACACCAGCAACAACAUCAGCAACAGCAACAACGUUUUAUGCGAAAUCCUGUUGUUGCAAUGCAACAACCACCACAUCAUCAUCAUCAUCCACAACCGCUACAACAACAAGAGCAACAGUCGUUCAUGUUAGGCAGCAGUAAUAAUCCUACACUAGCAGCAGCACAACCAUCUCCAUCUGCUAUGAACAAUGCAUUACAAUAUUCAGAUACAAUUGGAACACGUCCAUUAGAUAUUGACAACUAUGGUGUAUUUCGUCAAACUAGUCUAAUCAAUGGUCCUUAUAUUAAUAAUAAUGAAUCAGCUCAACAAGAAUGGGAUCGUUUGUGUUCAGAUUAUCAACGUGGAAAAAAUGAUCCAUCUACAAUACGUUAUACUGGUGCAUCAUCUCGACAAGCAGGAUUUUUUGAUAUGUCAUCAUCCAGUUGUGCAAUUAUGCCUCCUCCCGAUACAAAUCUUUCAUCUCAAUGCACUAUUCCAUCUAUGAUGCCUACAGGGACAAUGAUGUUGCCGUCAGGACAAGUAAUGAUGAUGGACCAACAACACCAACAACCAUUAUCAUCAGCUUAUUCAACUGGUGGUCCUCCAGUGGUCAUGGUUCCACCGAAUAAUUCCAAUCUAUGCACAGGCAAUUCUGGUUAUCCACCGUCUGACUUGAUGACAUCUUUACCAACUGAAUCUUGUCGAACAUUGAGUGGUGGUGGUGGUGGUCCAAUCGGUCCAAUCUGUACGGAUUCGAUUAUGACUUCUAGUGUUGUAACCGGUCCACCAGUUACUGGACAAAAACGAUCAUAUCAUUCAGCUACAAAUAAUGAUAUUUGGUUAUCGCCUAAUUCUUCAAUUCCUUUAUCGAUGUCACCUAUACAAAAUAAUGAGAAUCCUAGCAGUUUAAGUCAUCAUAUGGUGGAAUCAGUUGUGACACCUGUUGUUUGUCGUAUUGGUCAAACAAUGAAUGCAGUGAUGCAAUCAUCCACUGUUGUUGGCUCUAUUCCUCCUCCUACAUGUAUACCACCAGUCAAUAUUAACAAUAAUAACAUUCCUAACCAAUCUGUUGGCGGCGGUAUACGUGGUUCCACUAAGCCAGGAACAAAAAAACGUAAAGCUGGUGGUGGUACAGCAGCCUCUGGUGGUGGUGGUAGAUCGACAAGUGUUGUUGUUGUCACAAACACAGUCGGUGGUGGUUAUGCUCAGACCUUAUCCACAACACAUCAACAACAGCAACAACAAUCAAUCCCCAAUAAUAAUAAUAGUAAUAAUAUUGUGACCACUCCAAAUAAAGCUUUAACUCCAUCCUCAUAUAUCGGUGAUGAAUUGUUACAAAUGAAUCAUUUCUCACGUUCCAUGCCGAAUCAUUCACGUCCAAUGCAUCAACAUCAUCAUGCCUCCUCUCAACAACAACAACAUCCUCAUCCUCAUCAUCACCCUCAUCCUCAUCAACAGCAACAUCCUCAUCAUCAAGCAUCGAUGAUGAUGAUGAAUGAUCGUGCAUCGUUUCAACCGACUGAUAUUAAUAAUAAUUGUUUGAUGCAACAGUAUUCAGAUGUUGUAUUAUGUGGACCAAACAGUACUGGCCAGAUUCCUUCAAUGGAUCAACAAUCUACCACCAAUUUGGAAAUGAUGACUGGUGGUGGUGGUGGUGGUGGUGUACGUCAUUCAGGUACACCGAAAAAUAUCAACGAUUCAUUUCCUUCAUCAAUCAGUCCAAAUGUAUCUUGUGCCAAUAUGUCAAAUCUAAGCAAUCGUACAACAAUGAAUUGUAACACAACAAAUUAUUAUGGUCCAAUAAUGAAUAAUUAUAACCAUAACAAUACUACUAAUAAUACUACUAAUAAUAAACCAAUGAAUCCCCAUCAACAACAUCAUCAACAUCAGCAUCAGCAACAUCAUCCGUAUUUCAAUAAUACACCACCAUCUGAACUAAUGAUGACAUCGAAUUCCGAUUCGAUGACAAUGCGAACAAUGUCGAAUAACAGUAGUAAUAAUCACAACAACAGUAUGAAUAGUAAUAGUAGUAUUCCAUGUACACAACAUUUAACUUCAGCAAGUUUAGCUAGUCUAGCACGUUUAUCUCAAAUGUCCGGACCGGAAGGACCACCUAUUCCGACAUGUUCUGGGUCAUUGUAUCAUUCAACGAUUGGUGGUAAUAGUAGUAGUAGUAAUAAUCAUAAUAAUCAUCAUCAUCUUGGAUCGAUGCCUAAUAGUAGCGGUAGUGGUGGUGGUGGUGGUCAUGCUCGUGGUGGAACCAAUUUGCCUUCAUUUCAUCUAGAUGGAAAUCCUAUGAUACCAACGCCAACGCCAACACCGCAGCAGCAGCCGCAGUCAUUACAACAACAAGGACCACCACAGCCACCAGUUCAAGGAGUACAUCAUAAUCAUCAUAAUAUCUCCGCCGCCGCCUCCGCAGCAGCCGCAGCACAAGGUGUACGCAAUUAUAAUUCAAGUCCAGGAAAUUGUAAUUCCAAGUCACAUUUAUGCAAUAACAACACUGUCAACCAAUCAUUGCCAUCAAAUAUGAUUCCUAAUAAUAAUAAUUGUAAUUUACCUCAUUCAUUAUCAUCGCCAACAAUUCCAUUACAUUCAAAAUAUAAUGCACAAAAUUAUCCUCAACUUCAGCCAACAUUACAACAACAAACUCCAAUGGGUGGUGGUGGUGGUACAGUGACUAAUUGUGGUCCGGCACUUUCAUCCCCAGUUCCUAGCUUACCGAUACCAUCUCCUCAACAACAACAACAACAACAGCCUCCUUCAAUUCAAGUGAAUAAUACAUUUUUCAAUGCCCAAUUAAAUGUACAACAAAUGAAUUAUCAACAUGUUACAGCACCAGGAUCAACUGGUCAAAUGCAAAUACAUUUUGCACAACAACAACAACAACAUCAACAACAACAGCAGCCUCAGCAACAACAACAACAACAACCUGUCCCAUCAGCUGCUGCACCAUCCUCUUCAUCAUCUUCAUCCUCCUCCGCAUCACAUGAACAUUUACGUUCAUGUUCACGACAAUUAUUAUUAGACAAUCCUCCUCAUCAGCAUCAGCAUCAUCAGCAUCAUCAUCAUAAUCCGAAUAAUAAUACAAUACGUAUGAUGAAUUCAUCAAAUGAAUAUCUUUCCAAUAAUCCUAAUCCGUUAUUAUAUAAUAAUACUACUGAUAGUGUUAUUGUUAACCAACAUUCUCAUCCUCAUCCAACUCAACAUCAUCAACAGCAUCAGCAUCCCCAUCAUCCGCACCAUCAGCAGCAUCAUCAACAACAGCAACAACAACGUAUGAUGGAUUUCCCAUUGAAAUCAGAAAUCUCUACAACUAUUCCAUCAUCAGUUGUUGUAUGUACCCCGUUAGGUUCAUCAAUUGUAGUCGGUGGUAUGAUGAAUACUGGUAGUAGUAGUAGUAGUGGCGUCAGUAGCGCUGGUGGCGCUGGCGGGAAUACUGCUGGUUAUGGCAAUGCAAGUAUACAAAUUACCCCGAGGACACCGCAUACAAUACAAUAUUUACCAACUGUUACUCCACAAACUUCAGGUAUCUCACCUGGAUCGAAUCCAAUGCAACGAUCCUCAAAUUCAUUGCGUCAUUAUCAAUAUAUUUCAUCGGAUGUAGAUAAUAGUAGUGGUAUUUCACAUUUUACCGAUACUACUACUAAUCGUCAUUUAACUUAUCCUUCAUCACAUUCUCAACAUCAUUUACAUUCAUCUUACAAUGUUACUCCGUCUACUCCGACUCCUACGCCUACUACUCCGACUACACCGACUACACCAAUGAUUCCUGGACAAUUUUACCAAACGAAUACACAUCAGUCAACUACUACUACUACUACUACUGCUAUGUAUCCAAUCAAUCAGUCAUUACAAAAUAAACAUUCACAAAUGAUGCCUACUACUGCCGCUGGUACUGUGAAUAUGAAUGGAAGAUCUAACACCAGCAACAUCAACAAUCAUAACAAUACAACGUCAUUUGGAUGGAAUGAUGAUAGCAUUAGUAGUAGUAAUAGUAAUUUAAUAGACUCAUCAAUUCCAUUAGGUUCUAAUUCAUUGACAGUGAUGGUCUCAUCUACAAAUGAUCCCGGUUUGAAUAGUUUUCUGUCCUCCUCCUCCUCCACAUCAACAUCUACCAAUCAAAUUGCUCAUAAUCGUUUAAAUAGAAAUAUUCAUCCUACAGUAUUACGUGAUAAUCAAAUGAAUUAUUCAUCUUGUAUGAAUAAUAAUAAUAAUAACAGUAAUGACCCGUUAUCGUCAUCUAUGCUGCUGCCGCCACCGCCACCUCCUCUUCCUUCUCAUAUUGAUUCAUCCACAGAUAUUAUUAUGUCACAUCAAUUAUUUACAAAUUCAUCAUCUGAUCUUAUCCCCCCACCACCAUCCUCAUCCUCAUCGUCAUCAUCAUCGUCCAUACAACAACAACAACAACAACAACAACAACGUGUUCAUUUAAAUCAACCAUAUCUUCGUCAAUCAAGUAUGAACAAUAACGAUAGUAAACCACCACAGUCUCAAUCCUAUGCCUCAUCCUCUUCACAACAACAACACCAACACCAACAACAGCAUCAUACACAGAGCAACCUUCAUCAACAACAUCAUCAUCAUCAUCAUCAACAGACAAGUCAUCAUCAUCAACAGCAGUAUUAUCAUCAUCAGCAGCAGCAGCAACAUCAUCAAAUGAUGAUGUCCUCUUCAUCAAUGUAUGAUUAUUCUGGCAACAAUAACAACAACAACAAUAGUAGUAUUAGUAGUAGUAAUGAUUGGAAUUCAACAAAUCAACAAAUACAAUUUGUCAUGUCCAAUUCUAAUAGUAUGAAUAAUUCUUCUACCGUGGUGUAUAAUACUAAUCAUACUAGUUCUACUACUACUAAUACUACUAUUAUCGAUAAUAGUAGUAGUACUAGUAGUAAUCUGAUGGAAAAUUCUACUAAUAUGGCAGGACAUACUAAUACUACUAAUACUACUACUACUACUAUACCUAAUCAUAAUAAACGUCCCCCAUUGGUCAAUCCUAUGCAUGAUGAGAUGAUGAAAUCAACAAUUCCAAUUAAUUCUUAUUCACAUCAUCAACAUCAUCAACAUCAUCAUAGUUUAGUACCGCCUACGCAUCAAUCACAUUCGCAACAGAUGAUGAUGAUGAUCGGAGCCAACAACAACACCAACACCAACACCAACAAUACUACUAACGGGAAUCGAUCCAACUGGUACCCCCAUCCAUCCAUUGGCAGCAAUCCUGCUGCAGGAUUUAAUCCAACUAGUGCCAAUCGUGAAAUGUAUACUGGCAGUCAAAUGUCCAAUAGUAAAUUCUCAUUACCACCGUCGGUUAGUACACCCGGCGGCGGUCAUCCAUUAGAUCCUCCUCCUCCUCCAUCAUUGGGAACAACCAUUGGAAUGUUGGAUCCUACUAAUCGAGGCAUUAUGAAACAAUCACAAGAUAAUUAUGACAAUACUACCACUACUACUAAUACUACUAAUAAUAACAGUAGUAGUAAUAACAAUUCAUUGCCUGUAUCGAGUACCACAUAG